UGACUAUUCAAAAAAAUAGGGGAAAAAUCUUAAUUGUGAGUUCCUUCGCGGAGAAGUUUCCAAUAAAAGACAACAAAAUAAUAAUGCUUUCGGCACUGGAAUCGAUUUGACAGGGAAUGUUGUUUCCCGGAACUUGGAGAAUCAGAGUAAAUCCACCUCUGGAGGGAAAGCAAAAUGAAAAUUACCAACAUUUAAGCAAAAGUUGAAACAUUACAAACUUAUGAGGGUAACAUCAGCUGUACCGCCAAAUAGCUUUUUGAAUGAAAAAUGAGAAUCAGCCUUAAUACUUGCAGUAGAAGAUUUGCUGCACAGUAUAAUUGAAAUAGUGCGAGGGGAGAAUCUAAAUAUUUAUACUAUUGGAUUGAGGAAGCAGAAGACAAAAGUUUUAGUACAGUGCGUGUCUGCGUUACAUGUGCAUGGGAAGGGACCCGGAAGAAGAUAGUGAAGUGGAAAGCUUAUUUAUUAUAGUAUAGAGUAAGCAGAAUCGAACAAAGUGAAGAAUAUCGAAGUUUCAUGGGAAAGACCAAGAAAGGGGACAUUCUAAUGGGUAUAAGAGGAGCAAAACGUCUUCGCCAAGAUGAUAAUUCGAGUUGGAGACCUGGAAUUUCUUCCCCUGUAGAUCUUGCAGAUAUGGAUUUAAGGAAACCCGAUCCAGAGUCAUUUGCUAGAAGAUACCAGCUUGAGGUCCUAAGAAAGGCGAUUGAUGAAAACACAAUUGCAUACCUUGAUACGGGUGCUGGAAAAACUUUAAUAGCGGUUAUGCUCAUCAGGUCAUAUGCGCACUUAAUUAGGAAACCACAAAACAACAUUGCAGUAUUCAUGGUUCCAACUGUUAUUUUAGUUCGACAGCAAGCUGAAGUCCUAAAGAUGCACACUGAUCUUAAGGUUGGUCAAUAUUGGGGAGACAUGGGGGUUGAUUUCUGGGAUUCCAGAAAAUGGAAAAAGGAACUUGAAACUCAUGAGGUGUUUGUGAUGACUCCUCAAAUAUUUUUGGACAAUUUACGACACUGUCAUUUCCAUUUCAAGACAGUCAGACUCAUGAUAUUUGAUGAGUGUCAUCAUGCACGGAAAAACACGCCAUAUGCUUGUAUUAUGAAUGAAUUUUAUCAUAGAAAAUCUGAACAUGUGAAGAAUCUUCCCAGAAUAUUUGGAAUGACCGCAUCUCCUGUGUCUUCGAGUGGAACUAGUUCAUCAAAUUGUGCAGCUGAGGUUCAGCAGCUUGAAACUAUAUUGAAUGCAAAGGUAUAUACGCUUGAAGAUACAGCAGAAUUGGAGCGUGUUCUUGCCUAUCCUGAUUUGAAAAGAAAUUAUUAUGAUUCUGCAGAGGUUCCAUACUCUUUGUUACAAAAGUUCAGGAUAGAAUUGGAACACAUCCAAUACAAGCAUACUCAAUUUGAGAGCAAUGACAUUUAUGGUGGGUCUCUCGAGAAGGCAAGAAAAAAAAUUGGGAAACUUUAUUUAAAUAUUUUAUAUUGUGCUGAGGAGAUGGGCAUAUGGUGUGCGUCCAAGGCUUCGGAGAUUCUCUUGAACACCAAAAUCAACAGUUUUGAGGGAAGUCUGGUAUGUCAUGAGUUUGUUACUAAUUCCAGCAAGCAUUUUCUUCAGGAUGCACUCAAUGUGUGCAAUAAAUUUUUACCUUCAGAUAAAUCAUGGCGAUGUGGAAAAAAUCUCAAUGGAGAUGUUGUUUCUGGAUAUUUGAGCCCGAAGAUUCAAUGUCUUAUUCAAUCAUUGUUGGAGUAUAGGGAUUGGAAACAAGUGAGGUGCAUUGUAUUUGUUACAAGGGUGAUAGCAGCCAUUGUUCUUGGAAACUUACUGGGUUAUCUAGAUUGCUUCUCGGGUUUCAAGACAGAAUAUAUAGUUGGAAGUCAAAUAAAAUUACAAGCUCAAACUAGAAGGCAGCAAACAGAGAUAGUUGAUGCAUUUCGUGAUGGAAAGGUUAAUAUCAUUGUAGCAACCUCAGUCCUUGAAGAGGGUUUUGACAUUAAGGGGUGCAACUUGGUUAUACGAUAUGAUUUCUCAGACACAAUGUGUAGCUUUAUACAAUCACGUGGCCGUGCCAGGAUGCAAGAUUCUGACUAUGUUUUCCUCGUCAAGAGGGACGAUGUUGAAGAAGAAAGAAAGAUUGAUAAUUAUAUCAAAAGUGAGCAAACCAUGAGAGAUGUGGCAUUGAAUAGAACUCGCACGCCAUAUGACCUGCAUGCAGAGUCAAUGCCAAAUAUGGAGGUUUAUUGUGUGGAAUCCACACAGGCUAUAGUUUCGUUGAACUCUAGUGUAGCAUUGAUCCAUUAUUACUGUUCACAGUUGCCUGGAGACAGAUAUUAUACACCUCGGCCGACAUUUUAUAUCAACAAGGAAAUUGGUGAGUGCAUAAUGGAACUACCUAGGAAUUGUCCUGUCUUGACUGUUAAGGUUCAGGGUAAAUGUAAUAUGUUGAAGCAAGUAGCAUGUCUUGAGGCAUGCAAGAAGCUGCAUGUAGCUGGAGCGUUGACAGAUAAUCUCGUACCAGCAAAGGAGAAAGAAGAAGAAGAAGAAGAAGAAGAAGAAGAAGAAGACGACGAAAUUGGAAUUGAAAAAGGAAGGGAGGAUUGCAAGGUUCCCUAUCCUCUUUAUGUCCCAAAUAAAUUGGUUGGAGAAUGGGAUUUAGAUAUGGCCAAAGUGCCAUUUCAUUGCUACAUUUUGUCUUUCAGAGGGAAGUUUUCAUACUGUGUCCCUUUCUGCAACGUGCUGCUACUUAGCAGGCAGAAAUUUGAUACAACUGUGGAAAGCAUGCUUAUACAGCUGGAGACAACUCAUGGUGGUGUUGAUGUUCAAAGUGCAUAUUGUGGAUCACUUGACCUUACUUCCCAUGAGGUUGAGAUUGCAAGGAAAUUUCAAGUAACUGUUCUUGGGCUUCUGAUGGAUCAGAAACUGGAUAAACUGAAUGAAAGAAUCAAUAAAACUGGAAAGCCAAAUAUGAUGUAUUUGCUUCUACCAGUGCUUAACACUACUUUUCAGGGACUGGCUUCAUCCAUAGAUUGGGCAUGCAUUAAAAAGGCUUCUUUUCAUGAAAUACAGUCACAUGAAAAAAUAUCUAACAACAACAGAAAUUGUGUUCACACAGCGUUUGGAACUCUUCCGUUGGAGAUGCUUCAGAACUCUCUUGUUGAAACACCACAUAAUGGAAGGUUGUAUUAUGUGACAGAUGUGUCGAAGGAUUUAAAUGCUAAUAGUACAAUGGUAUCAGCAAAAGUCACAAUUGGUCAAAUGAAGACGUAUAUUCAACAUUUUAGAGAGCAAUAUGACAUUAAUAUUAAGUUCCCAGGGCAGCUUCUUUUAUGUGCUAGGACUCUUUUCAGUGUACGCAAUUUUUUGCUAAGGCGGCCUCAAGUAGAAAAAGAUACAGUGACCAAUGCUGAGGUGCACUUACCACCAGAGCUUUGCAACCUAGUAAGCUAUGGCAUACCCAUAAGUGUUCUAUACACAUUUUCAUAUCUUCCUUCUGUUAUGCACCGAAUUGAAAGUGUACUUAGUGCAGCUCAGUUGCAAAAGAUAUUUUCAAGCAAUCAGCCAUAUAACAUCUCAACCUUCAAGGUUCUUGAGGCAUUAACAAGCAAGAAAUGCCAAGAAUGCAUGUCACUAGAAUCCCUUGAGACCCUUGGCGAUGCCUUUCUGAAAUAUGUGUCCAGCCGACAUUUAUUCACAGCAUAUGCUCAAAAGCAUGAAGGCCAAUUGACUUCUAAGAGAAAACGCAUUAUUUCAAACUAUGCUCUUUGCAAGUUUGGUUGUGAUCGAAACUUACCGGGUUAUAUGCAUGAUGAACCAUUCAAUCCAAAAAAAUGGAUUAUACCUGGGGAGCAUAUACCUUCGUCGCGUCAAUUUUGUCAGGACACAUCUGAUUCAAUGAAGAACUUAUACGUCAAAGCUUAUAGAUUGCUAAAGUUAAAGAAAAUUGCAGAUGUUGUGGAAGCUCUUAUUGGUGCCUUUCUUAUUUGUGCUGGGGAAAUCGGAGCUGUGAAUUUCAUCAAGUGGAUAGGAAUGAACAUUGAUCUUCCAUCAAAGAUAUCCAUCACUAAUAACCUCGAUAAAAGAAUUCCAACCAGUGUUAAUAUUUCACAUAUGGAGUCAUUGUUGCAUUAUUCUUUUCACAAUCGCAAUCUAUUAGUGGAAGCCAUGACGCAUGCGUCAUAUCAAGUUCCGUGGGUUUCUGGCUGCUAUCAGCGUCUUGAAUUCCUUGGAGAUGCAGUGCUAGAUUAUGUUAUAACAUUAUACUUGUACAAUAAAUACCCAGGAUUGACACCUGGAGUUUUGACUGAUUUGAAAUCUGCUGCUGUUAAUAAUGAUUGUUAUGCCCAAGCGGCAGCGAAAUGGAACCUGCACCAACAUCUUCUUCAUGCAUCAAAUCCUCUUCAUAGGCAGAUUACAAAUUUUGUCCAGCUGAUUGGCAGCUCAUCAGAAUCAACAAGUCACUCCUACGGCUGGUUCACCGGAGAAACAGAAGCUCCAAAGGUUUUGGGAGACAUGAUUGAAUCGAUUGCUGGUGCAAUUUUUGUUGACUCGGGAUUCAACACAGAAAUUGUUUGGACUGCUAUGAAGCCUCUGUUAGAACCCAUCGUCACCCCAGAGACUUUAUGCUACCAUCCAGUUCGUGAGUUACAAGAGUUAUGCCAAAAGGAAAAUUAUGAAUGGAGCUACAAUCGUACUGAAAAGCAAGGGAAAUGCUGUGUAGAAGUUCAAGUUAAUGUGGGGAAUAGUGUAUAUACUGAAACUUGCGAUGCCGCAAAUAAAAAAACUGCAAAGAAACUUGCAGCUGAGAAGGUUCUUAUACCUCUUAAGGGCAUUUCAAAUCAAAGGAGAUGAAAGAUUAGAGGGUAACAAGCGCUGGUGUGACGAGGAUGCUCCAUGCAAAUUUUAUUGAUUAUACACCUUAAUGGGUUCUAGAGAUCAAGUGAGUCAAAGGAUAUAAAAAGUCAUAAUCGUUUUCAUCAUAUUUUUUGGUGGAAUCUUUAACUCUGCAUUAAGCUAUUUGUUUGAUGAACAAUUUCCAUGGAUAGUCAUUUCUUCCAUGACAUUUAUUUUUAUUUCAUAUACAUUAAUAUAUUAUUUUGUGGCAUCUCAAAAGAAAGCUAGUAAGGGAGAGAAGGAUAGUUACACAUUGAUAUGGAGAUUUUAAAUCUUAAGUCUUUUGUAUUUAUUGUAUGUAAUACUUUAUAAUGGUCUAUUGUGUAACAAUUAUUAACAUUGUGGGCUAUUCACAAUUCCAUACAAAUAAUUGGUGUUUUCA